UGGGCGUGACUGAAGAUGGGUGUGGUACUAGCUGAAUGGGCGUUGUCAAACCUCGUGGCAGUGAAGAUGCAGCAAAGCAAAGCUAAGAAAGAGUAUAGCGAGCUAAAGACACACUUUGAGAGCAAUAAGAGAAGCAAGGAAUAUGUGUCUCAUCAGUCAAAGGUUCAUUCUGUCUCUUGGAGCUCGGAUGGGUCACGUCUAGCGAGUGGAUCGUUUGAUAAGACAGUCACAAUUUGGACACUAGAGUCAGACAGACUGAGCAAGGAGGGCAACUAUAAGGUGCACUCUGGUAGUGUGGACCAGCUGUGUUGGCAUCCCUCCAAGCCAGAGGUCCUCGUCACUGCCUCAGGGGACAAGACCGUCCGCAUCUGGGACGCCAGGACCGGUAAGCCGUCUCAGCCCAUUAACACAAAGGGUGAGAACAUCAACAUCUGCUGGAGUCCUAAUGGCCACACCAUAGCAGUGGGGAACAAGGAGGAUUUAAUCAGUUUCAUUGACUUUCGGACGAUGAAGGUCAAGCAAGAAGAACAGUUCAAGUAUGAGGUGAAUGAGAUCUCGUGGAACAAGGAUAAUGAUCAGUUCUUCCUCACCAAUGGCAACGGCUGUGUGGUUAUAUACAGCUGGCCAGAGCUGAAGCCUCUGCACACCAUUAAUGCCCACCCUGCCAACUGCAUCUGUCUGGAAUUUGACAAGACAGGGAAGUAUUUUGCCACUGGCAGUGCUGAUGCUAUCUGCAGUCUGUGGGACGCCUCGGAACUGGUGUGUGUGAGAACGUUCUCAAGAUUAGAUUGGCCAGUUCGUACGCUGAGCUUCAACCACGACAGUCAGCUGAUAGCUUCGGCCAGUGAAGACCUCCUCAUUGACAUUGGUUUCGUAAAGUCUGGAGAGCUGGUACACCAGAUCACCACUCAAGCCCCCACCUUCACCGUGGCCUGGCAUCCCAAGAAGAACCUCCUGGCUUAUGCCUGUGACGAUAAGGACAAGCAUUCUCGAGACACUGGAGGUAUCUGGCUCUUUGGACUGCCCAACUCUAGCUAACUCUCAGUACGUUCUUUUUGACUCUCUUUUUCUUACCAGCACUCAAUCCAUUUGAUGGACGUGUCCUCCUAUACAUGUAUAUGUAUGUUCUUCUCUGGCGUUCAUCAACUGUUAUAUUGCACAAACCAAUGGCUUAGUAUUUUGUGCACAAUAACGUGAAGUAUUCUCAUUGUUUUUGCAACCAUGCAAGCAAGCACAUGAUUGCAUGCAUGUACAAUAGCUUUCCCUGGAGUAUACUCCAAGCCCUUGUGUUCAUAUGAUAGUCACCCUAUUAUGCAUGCCUCCUAAUAAGAUGUACAAUUCACUAUUCACCGUAUAAUUAUACUAACAGUAACAUUCACUAGCUUAGGCAUAAUUAUUAUACCGUCAUAAGUAGAUUAGCCGUACAGUACGUACCAGUGUCUGCUGAGUAUGCUAUACCAUUGCAAGUGAAUUUGACAGUGCAUAAUGAGGUCAACAUUGUUUCCGUACUGUGUGCUCACAAUCCUGUGGAUUCAAUCAGCCCUAAGUUCCCCUAUCGAGAGCUCUAACCCCUCAAGUCUGUCAGACCCAUCUCUCUCAUUCAACUACCACGGUCAGGCUGCUUACUUUCACAGCACACUUGAAAGAGCUCUACUUAACGACUCAAAUGUUUUAUAUCAGCUCCAACAAAUAUUCUUCCCAACCAAAGACCACCUCAAUGUAGCUCGACUACCCUUCAGUGUAAGUAUUUUAGUGGACUCAGUUUUGAGCCCAAACAACCAGACCGAGUCCAAUACACCAUUUAACUGUAGCACUGUGUGCCGGUGGUCCAAUGUACCGGUGGACUGGUAUCCAGAGCUUUCAGCCGAUCUAUACAGUGAUGACCUGAGGCAGUAUGUACUUUCGAUACACGAGAAGCUGAAGGAGUUGGAUUAUGUUAGUUGGAGUGUGUUGCAGUUGCUAGCUGCGUUUGGUGAGAAAGAAGACCACCAUCCUUUAGUGAGCUUCACACUCAUCGUGCCUACAAUGAAGGCUCUUCCUAGCAGGGCAGAUGCUUCACAGGCUCUGUUGUCUGUUAUGGCCUGGGUGAAGGCUUAUGCGAGAGCAGGCUCCGAUCAUUCGGUCGAGCGGUCAGACCAAGACAAAGGUGAUGUGUUCCUCUCUAGCAGAAAGUACGAUUCUUACCUCGAGCUUUGCAUCCUCAUCUUGUUUGUGUCCAUUAACGUUUUCCUCACUUUAAUGGCCGGAGUGUUCCUCAAAUCUUUCUCAUCAUUUCUCGUCAAGAAAGCGACUGCUAUUCUCAAGGAGAGUACACGCAUGUUAAGCCUCUACUGGGCUACGGCUUUAGUAUUGACUGCCACAAAUAUUGGCUGUUUUAUGGCUGAUUUAUACGCCUUUCAAUAUACACUCGGUGAUAGUCUCGAGCAUAAUAUUCUUUAUGCAAAGCUUUUUCUUAUUGUUUUUGUGUUGCUCUCAGAACCUUUUAUUGUGUACUACACAACCAGACAUUUCAGCAUUAUUCUCAAUGUGCCAGACAAAGUUGUACAUGCACUGUGCUGUUGUUUCUCGAAUGUGUACGGAAGUAGAUUUGCUCAUACAAUAGCGGUGCUGAAUAUUUUAUGGUUUACUCAUCGAGUGAUAACUGCUUUAAUUAUUAUCUUGUUCCAUAUUGUGGUAUCCCCAGCGGAAACUUUCACAACCGUUACACUAAUAUUCAGUGUCAUCAUAAUAUCCAUACUCCUCACUUCAUACGUGCUCCUCACUUGUAACGCACCUCGAAAAAAAUUAAGUGUUAAAACAGUUUGUCGAGUGUUUUGUGCAGUGGUUACCGGGGCGUUAGCUGCCGCCGUGGUUGUCUCAUUUUCCCUGGUUUAUCUCGCAUUUCUAGACAACGGUCUACAUAGCAAUGGGGUGGGAGGUUUUCUACUCUCUCUAUUGCCACCAUUUACGUUCUUUAUGAUUGGACUUAUCGUACAGAAAAAGUUCCUACGAAAGAAAGAAACUGAUAAGUCAAGAGAAGAUGAAGAGAUUGCUGUGAGUCCAGCGACUGGAAAUGUGACAAAAAUUGCCGAGUAUCAACUGUCUGAGGCUGAACGUGCCGUGGGGAGGGGGAGGGGGAGGGUAAAGGGGCAUGGCAUGUCCGUCCCAUUCAGUCUAGACAACAAUGCAGAGGAUAAGGUGAACCGUCACAGGAAGUCGGGGGUUGAAGAGACCUCUAGACUUGUGGAAAUUAAUUCUUAAAUUUCUUAUUAUUAUACCACAAGAGAGUUUAUUAUUUAAAUUGUGUACAUCUAGAUCUGUGUGAACUAAUUAACAACACUUCUUAUCAUGUUAAUUGGAGACAAUAACUUACUAUAAAAAAGUUCACGCA